AUGCCGCGCCUAUACCGCCGUUCGCAGCUCCCCUUGCACAUCAAGCGGGCGAUUUGUGCCCAGCAUGUGAGCAACCCCAACAUGCGCCAGGUCGAUCUGGCGCGUUGGUGUUUCACGCGUUACGGGAUCCGUCCCGAUCGUUCUACCAUUGGGCGGGUCCUGAAAAGCGCUGACAGAUGGACCGCCCCGAAUACCAACACUGUGCGUGUGCGUGGCGGCGCAUAUCCGGAGCUCGAGCACGCCAUGGUGCGCUGGGUCCGCAACGCCGGCCCCGCAGGUGUCCCUCUGACCCUCGCCACCAUCCGCGACCACGUCGCGGUCAUUGCGCGCGGUAUGAAUCUGCCCCCCACGUUCCGCUGCUCCGUGGGGUGGGUGCGCCGCGCUAUGCGUCGCCAUGGCAUUCGUUGCCGCAGCGCCACCGGCGAGGCGGCCGACCAGGACCACGCUGCGGUGCGCACUUGCCAGCAGCAACUCCCGCAGCUCCUUAUGUACCUCGCCCUUCGUCCUUGCGACGUCUACAAUUUUGAUGAGACCGCUCUGUACCAAUCCGUCUUGCCGCGCAAGACGUACGGAGGUGCGCGUGUGGCGGGGCGCAAGCUGGCGAAGCAGUGUCUCACCGUCGGGCUUCUUGUUAACGCGGAUGGGAGCCACGCCUUCCGCCCAUUGGUGAUUUCGAAGUCGAAGCGCCCGCGGGAUUUCCUGCCUGACUACGACCCGGAGGAACUCUGUUAUUGGCGUAGCAACGCCAAGGGUUGGAUGACCGCCCCUAUAUUCACUCAUUUCAUUGGCCAGCUCAACGCCGCCAUGGUCGCCGAGGACCGCAACAUUGUCAUAUUAGUUGACAAUGCGAGCAGCCACGCCGUGCAGAGUGAGGAUGCAGAAUCCGAGGACCUGUUCGGAUUCCGCACCCGCAUUCUAGGCAACAUACGCCUUGUCUUUCUGCCGCCCAACACCACGGCAUUCACUCAGCCGCUGGACCAGGGGCUGAUUGCCACCACGAAGGCGCGCUACCGCCAGCACUGGCUCCGCGCGGUCACUACCCUGUGGCAGGAGGGCGGCUCUACCACAGCCUUGGCACGCUUUCGCCCGAACAUGCGGGAUGUCAUCGCAUGGCUCUCUGAGGCAUGGAUGAACAUCCCCGCCCGCACCAUCCAGCGUUGCUGGUGGCGCACAGGCUGCCUGCCCCGCUCCUGGGCAAUGGACCUAGCUCAUGUCGGCCGCGACGGUCUAGCGGCAACAGGCGCCGGCGUGAAUGCCGCGCUCCCCAUCGAUCUCGACGAGGACAUCGGCGACGUGGGCAUCAUGAUCGCCCGGCUUGGCAUCGGGCCAAGCGCAAUGCCCGCCGCCGAGUUCGUCGCCAUCGACGACGACCAGCCAACGUGCGCGGAGCCGGGCGAGGAUCCGCUGGCCAUUGAGCCGCGCACGCCGUAUUCCAGUACGUCAUGGGAACCACCCUCCACCAUGCAGGAGGUUUACGACGACGACCACCCCGAGAGCCGCGAGGCGAGGCGCUAUGCGAGGGCGGCCAGCGAGAUGCUGAUUGGCUAUGCCAAAGCUACCGGCAUCACUCCGCGCAACCUGUGCGCGCUCUUCGAGAUCAAGAACCCCGUCAUCGUCGACCGCAUGGAGCGCGCAAGCCCGGCGCUGAACCUGAACGCCGCGCCUCCUCCCACUGCCCGGAUGCUCGCCUCCGCGAGCGCCGCUCCUUCGCAGGCAACGCCCGACGUCGCGGCCGCGGCGACUCCUCGUCGCCGCGGUCGCGUCCUUCCUGCGUGGAUGACUGCGCCGGCGCCGACCCGCCAGCAGCUCAUUGACUCUGGCGCCCUUGCAAUGGACACGCUAUCAAACCACUUGCUCACCAACGGGCGUGCGUUUCAGAACACAUUCCCUGCUCCUCAUCAGAACGAUUUCGCACUCACAGCCUCCCUCGACGCCGAAAUAGCAAAUCCUGCGCAAAUGUGGCCAUCGCCAUCGCCAUUCGCGGGAGAAACCACUCAAAUUUGCCAGAAGUAUGUUCCUAGCGGUGCUGCGAUUCCACCUCCCAUGGAGGUACUCGAAGCGCCGUCGACCCCUGUGGGGUCCUUUUUCGACCUGCCCACGCUCGUCGGUGGCGAGUUCGUUGCGAGCGCAAGUGCUGCAGUGGCGUGCGUGCCGAACAUCGCGGAAAUACUUUCAAACGGCGAACAAGUCAUCGAACGGCCCGCUGAUCCGCGCCCUUCCGCGGUUGCUUCCGCGGGAGAAGCGAUGCUGCCGACCGGCGCCGGCGCGUGCGACCCUCCAGUGGCGCGCAAUCAGCUCGAGAAAAUGCCUCCCCGCAUUGCUACGGUCGCGCAACGGCAGAGCUCUCCGCUCCGCGCGGCUUCUUCUCCACGCCAGCCUCACACUCCGCCUAAAAAUACCAGCAAUAACGCGGCGACACCUCCGCCAGCCGUGUGUCGCAACUCGGGCGACGUCGCCGCUGCGGUCGCCAUGUCGCAUGGGUCGUCGUGGCGUCGCAGCGAGGACGACGCGACACUUCUUCGCGAUAUUCUUCUGAAAUGUCGUCACGCCACCUCCGGAAAACCAUCCGCUGCGGCGUCCGCCAAAGCUCCGGCUCCGACCGAGCCGCAGCCGCGCGGGUCGACGUGUUCCAGCCUCGGAGGAAGUGAUGACGAUCUUAAUUUCAAAUCAGCGGAAUUGGCCGCGUUUCGAAAGACCCCCACGCCGAAGCGGCUUCGAGGCCCGGAUCACGCGGUCCCCGACAUUCCUCGCGGCGCUUCAUUUUCCCCCGAACGAAUCGUUCCCGACUCGAGCGCCGCCACGAUACCGCCGCGGCGGCCCAUGGCGCAACUGCUAAUGGCACGGCGCUCCGUCGCUCGAUCUACAUCCAUCUCCCGAUCUAGUACUGCCGCGGCGGCCGCGGCAAGGCCUCAUAUUGGUCGAUCCAACACUUCACCUUGCGAGCGCCGACACGCGCCGCAGAACGCCGGCUCGGGGUCUUCGAGUUUGUCGCCGCCGGGAGCGCAAGCGACGGCCGUUGACGGCGGUUCGUCUUGGGGCGACGAAUCGGCUGCCACUAUUCGCAAUUCUAGCAGCUGUCCGGACCUCAGCGUGCAUUGGGGCGCGGCGGUGGAAGGUGACGGGUCAAACCGCGGCGCAACGCACGCUGGCGUUCAAAUCUCUACGGAGGAAUUCAUUGCGACGCCCUCGAAGAGGAAGAACGCGCGCGGCGUUUCGAAGCUGAACGAUGGCGGUUCUCUCGGCGCGACGGCCGGAGUUGCUGCUCUGUCGUACCCCGAGGCGCCUCACACCUCUCAGCCGCCGGAUAUUACGGCGCCGCCGAAGCAGGAAAGCCUGCUGGAUAUGAUAUCGGCCACGGAAACAGAAUCCUUGGAGAAAUUGGAACCGUUCGGGUUUCCGUCCAAUGCAGCAGGAGGUGCUGCUGCAAAUCCGAACUCCGUCCUCCAUCUGGAUUUGGUUGAGCUGGCGCUGAAAAGCCAUCCACAAUCUGGCGCAGCCAAUCAGGGCUCUGCCUUGUCAGCACCUGCGCAGGAAGGGACAGUCAAGAUGGAAGGCAACGCGGCGGUUGGACUCGAUGCAAGCAAUCUCGCUUUUGACGUGCUUCAAUCACAUUAUCAGUUGCUGGAGAAAGAGAUGGAAAUGGAUCAACUUCGACAAUGGCAGCAGCAUCAGCAACUCCAGCGACAACGACAACAGCAGCAAAGGCGGACAACCAAUCGGCAGAUCACACCGAAGAGCAUGAAGGAGAAGCAACGGAGAGAGAAAAUCAGGUCAGUCCUCUCCUCAAACUUGUAA